AUGGCGUCUCGCUGCGCUCUGAAAGCAGUGCUCAUUGACUUAAGUGGCACACUUCACAUUGAGGAUGCUGCUGUGCAUGGGGCACAGGAAGCCCUUACUAGAUUACGGAAGGCCCCAGUGGCUGUGAAAUUUGUGACUAACACAACGAAGGAGUGCAAACGGACACUUCUCGAAAGACUUCAUCGGCUAAACUUUGACAUAAAAGAGCAAGAGAUCUUUACGUCAUUGACAGCAGCCCGUAACUUAGUGGAGCAGAAGGCGGUGCGGCCCCUGCUGCUGUUGGAAGACAGUGCUUUGGAAGACUUCAGCGGUAUUGAGACUUCUGACCCAAAUGCAGUGGUGAUUGGAUUAGCACCUGACCACUUCAACUAUCAGAUGCUCAACAAGGCUUUCAGGCUAGUCCUAGAUGGUGCUCCUUUGAUUGCAAUCCACAAAGCAAGGUACUACAAGCGGAAGGAUGGUCUAGCUUUGGGCCCUGGUCCAUUUGUAACAGGACUGGAAUACGCCACUGACACUCAGGCCUCUGUAGUGGGAAAACCAGAGAAAACCUUCUUCCUGGAGGCCCUCCGGGACUUGAAGUGCUCUCCUGAGGAGGCAGUGAUGAUUGGUGAUGAUGCUAGAGAUGAUGUUGGAGGAGCUCAGAACACAGGCAUGCGGGGAAUAUUAGUCAAAACUGGAAAAUACAGGGCUGGGGAUGAAGGAAAAAUCAACCCUCAGCCAUAUCUGACCUGUGAAAGCUUCCCUCAGGCAGUUGACCACAUCCUUCAACACCUCGUCCAAUCAGCGUGA